AUGAAACUGCUCAAUGAUUUACAACAGGAUCCAAAGUGUAAACUGAAAACACUGAAGUUUUUGAAAGGUUCUGCAGAAGAAGCCUGUCAAUAUCUGACUUCAGUUCUUUGUGUAAAUCCUUUAAUCCUAAGAGAACUGAAUCUGAGUAAACACAAACUAGAAGACUCAAGAUUGAAACGGCUCACUGAUCUACUGGAGGAUAGACACUGUAAACUCAAACUUCUGUUGUUAAAAUCUCCUGCAGAAGAAGCCUAUCAGUAUCUGACCUCAGUCCUUGGUGUAAAUCCUUUACUUCUAAGAGAACUGAAUCUGAGUGAACGUAAACUAGGAGACUCAAAAGUGAAGCAGAUCGCUGAUCUACUUGAAGAUAAACACCGUAAAUUCAACAAACUUCAAAUGUCAAGCUACACUAUCACUGAAGAAAGAUAUAAAGCUCUGUCUUCAGUUCUGAAAUCAAACCCUUCACACCUGAUAGAGCUGGAUCUCAGUGGAAAUGACCCUAGAGAAUCAGGAGUGAAACUGCUCAAUGAUUUAGUACAGGAUCCAAACUGUAAACUUAAAACACUGAGGUUAAGUCCUUCUGCAGAAGAAGCCUGUGAUUAUCUGACUUCAGUUCUACAAGUUAAAAAUCCUUUACUACUGAGAGAACUGAAUCUGAGUGAGCAUAAACUAGAAGACUCAAAAGUGAAGUUGCUCGCUGAUCUACUGAAAGAUAAGCAUUGUAAACUCAAACUUCAAUUGUCUGAAUGCAGUAUUACUGAAGAAGGUUAUAAUAAUCUGGCUUCAACUCUAAGAACAAAUCCUACAGAACUGAUAGAGCUGGAUCUCAGAGGAAAUGACCCUGGAGAAUCAGAAGUGGAGCUGUUCAUUGAUUUGCUACAGAGUCCAUACUAUAAAUUGAAGACAAUCUGUUCUGCUGCAGAAGAAGCAUGUAAGAAAUUCACUGAAGUUCUUGGUAUAAAUCCAUUACUGCUGAAAGAACUGGAUCUGAGUCAUAAUAAAUUAGGAGAUCUGGAUGGAGAGAAGCUCUCUGCUCUAUUGAUGUACUCUCAUAGCAAACUGAAAAGUUGUUCAGCUCUAGCUACUGUUCUCUCCUUUGAUACCAUUCUGAAAGAGUUUGAUCGGAACAACAGUCCUCUGAUGGACUCAGGAGUGAAACAGAUCUGUGAGGGACUGAAGAAUCCUCAGUCUCUGAGAUCAAACCCUUCACACCUGAUAGAGCUGGAUCUCAGAGGAAAUGACCCUGGAGAAUCAGGAGUGGAACUGCUCAAUGAGUUACUAUAG